GCUCCUAAGAUCAUCUUCGCCGCAGACCAACCUAUUGAGCUGCCCAGUCGCCUUCGUAGGCUGUCAGCAUGGGGUAUCACAACCUCCAAAAUGGGUAUCGUGCGUGAAUUUGCCUUCCCUACCUUUUCUGCCGCCUGGCGCUUCAUGUCACUGGUCGCCGACGAGUGUAAGGCCAAACGACAUCACCCUUCAUGGCAUAACCUUUACAACAAAGUCACCAUCGAGUGGACGACGCAUAAGCCCAAAGGACUCAGCCUCAAGGAUGUCGAGAUGGCCGAGUUCUGCGACAAGGCCGCCGAUGAGAUCGGUCUCCAA